AUGUCAUCAAAGAUCAUUAGCGAAAACCCAACUGAGCUCGAGUUAAAGGUUGCUCAAGCUUUCAUCGACUUGGAGGGUCAAUCCGACCUCAAGGCUGAAUUGCGUCCAUUGCAAUUCAAGUCCAUCAAGGAAAUCGAUGUCAACGGAGGUAAAAAGGCUCUUGCUGUCUUUGUUCCACCACCAUCAUUGUCUGCUUACAGAAAAGUCCAAACUAGAUUGACCAGAGAAUUGGAAAAGAAAUUCCCAGACAGACACGUUGUCUUUUUAGCAGAGAGAAGAAUCCUCCCUAAACCAUCUAGAAAAGCAAGAAAGCAACAAAAGAGACCAAGAUCAAGAACCUUGACCGCUGUCCACGACAAAAUCUUGGAAGACCUUGUGUUCCCAACCGAGAUUGUUGGUAAGAGAGUUAGACACUUGGUUGGUGGUAACAAGAUCCAAAAGGUCUUGUUGGACUCUAAGGACUCAACUGCUAUUGACUACAAAUUGGACUCAUUCCAACAAUUAUACUCAAAGUUGACCGGUAAACAGGUUGUUUUUGAGAUUCCAGGUGAGAUCCACUAA